CUCCCCCCAGGAUUGUGUCGGCAGCUACACGCUGAUUCCCUAUGUGGUGACAGCCGCAGGCCGAGUGCUGUGCGGUGAUGCGGGCCUCCUGAGGGGACUGGCUGAUGGGCUGGUCCAGGCCGGGGUGGGCACCGAGGCCCUGCUUACGCCCCUAGUGGGCCGGCUGGUCCGGCUGCUGGAGACCACGCCUACCGACUCUUGUGGCUACUUCCGGGAGACCAUCCGGCAGGACAUCCGGAGGGCCCGGGAGCGCUUCUGCGGGGAGCAGCUGCGGCAGGAGCUGGCUCGCUUGCAGCGGCGGCUGGACAGCGUGGAGCUGCUGAGCCCCGACAUCGUCAUGAACCUGCUGCUCUCCUACCGCGACGUGCAGGACUACUCGGCCAUCAUCGAGCUGGUGGAGACCCUGAAGGCCUUGCCUACCUGUGACGUGGCUGAGCAGCACAACGUCUGCUUCCACUAUACGUUUGCCCUAAACCGGAGGAACAGGCCUGGGGACCGGGAGAAGGCAUUGGCCGUGCUGCUGCCGCUGGUCCAGAGCGAGGGCUCCGUGGUGCCUGACCUCUGCUGCAUGUGCGGCCGUGUCUAUAAGGACAUGUUCUUCAGCUCUGGCUUCCAGGAUGCUGGGUACCGAGAGCAAGCCUACCACUGGUAUCGCAAGGCUUUUGAUGUAGAGCCCAGCCUCCACUCGGGCAUCAAUGCGGCUGUGCUGCUCAUCGCUGCAGGCCAGCGCUUCGAGGACUCUGAGGAGCUCCAGCUCAUAGGCAUGAAGCUGGGCUGCCUGCUGGCCCGAAAAGGCUCUGUGGAGAAGAUGCAGUAUUACUGGGAUGUAGGCUUCUACCUGGGAGCUCAGAUCCUCGCCAAUGACCUCGCCCAGGUGGCGCUGGCCGCAGAGCAGCUGUACAAGCUCGAUGCUCCCAUAUGGUACCUGGUGUCCAUGAUGGAAACCUUCCUGCUGUACCAGCACUUCAGACCUACGCUGGAGCUUCCCGAAGGACCCCCGCACCGUGCCCACUUCUGGCUCCACUUCUUGCUGCAGUCCUGUCAGCCACUCAAGACGGCCUGUCCCCAAGGGGACCAGUGCUUGGUGCUGGUCUUGGAGAUGAACAAGGUGCUGCUGCCUGCCAGGCUGGAGAUUCAGGGUACCGACCCGGUGAGCGCAGUGACCCUGAGCCUGUUGGAGCCCGAACCCCAGGAGGUUCCCUCCAGCUGGACUUUCCCAGUGGCUUCCAUCUGCGGGGUCAGCUCCUCCAAGCGGGAUGAGCGCUGCUGCUUCCUCUACGCGCUGCCCCCGGCGCAGGACGUGCAGCUCUGCUUCCCCAGCGUGGGGCACUGCCAGUGGUUCUGCGGCCUGAUCCAAGCCUUGGUGACAAAUCCGGAUUCCACAACGCCUGCGGAAGAGGCAGAGGGUGUGGGGGAGGUGCUGGAGUUUGAUUAUGAGUACACGGAGACGGGUGAGCGACUGGUGCUGGGCAAGGGCACCUACGGGGUGGUGUACGCGGGCCGCGAGCGGCACACGCGGGUGCGCAUAGCCAUUAAGGAGAUCCCGGAGCGGGACAGCAGGUUCUCUCAGCCCCUGCAUGAAGAGAUUGCUCUGCACAAGCGCCUUCGCCACAAGAACAUCGUGCGCUACCUGGGCUCCACCAGCCAGGACGGCUACCUCAAGAUCUUUAUGGAGGAAGUGCCUGGAGGCAGCCUGUCCUCCUUGCUGCGGUCGGUGUGGGGCCCCCUGCAGGAUAAUGAGAGCACCAUCAGUUUCUACACCCGCCAGACCCUGCAGGGCCUCAGCUACCUGCAUGACAACCACAUAGUGCAUCGAGACAUCAAGGGGGACAAUGUGCUGAUCAACACCUUCAGUGGGCUGCUCAAGAUUUCUGACUUCGGCACCUCCAAGAGGCUGGCGGGCAUCACACCUUGCACUGAGACCUUCACAGGGACCCUCCAGUAUAUGGCGCCAGAAAUCAUUGACCAGGGCCCGCGAGGGUAUGGGAAGGCAGCUGACAUCUGGUCACUGGGCUGUACUGUUAUCGAGAUGGCAACAGGCCGCCCCCCCUUCCAUGAGCUAGGGAGCCCGCAGGCGGCCAUGUUUAAGGUGGGCAUGUACAAGGUGCAUCCACCAAUGCCCACUUCUCUGUCAGCGGAGGCCCAAGCCUUUCUUCUCCGAACUUUUGAGCCAGACCCCCGCCUCCGAGCCAGUGCUCAAGCACUGCUGGGGGACCCCUUCCUGCAGCCCGGGAGGAGGAGCCGCAGCCCGGGCUCCCCACGACAUGCACUGCGGCCCUCAGAUGCCCCUUCAGCCAGCCCCAUUCCUUCAGCUGACCUGACCACCCAGCCCCAGACAUUCCCACGCCCUCAGGUACCCUUUCAGCACCCACCCAGUCCCCCGAAGCGCUGCCUCAGUUACGGAGACACCAGCCAGCUCCGGGUGCCUGAGGAACCGGGGGCCGAGGAGCCCACGUCCCCUGAGGAGAGUUCCGGGCUGAGCCUGCUGCACCAAGAGAGCAAGCGCAGGGCCAUGCUGGCCGCGGUGCUGGAGCAGGAGCUGCCCUCGCUGGCGGAGAGUCUGGGCCUGAAGCAGGAACAGGGGCCCCGGCUGGGCAGGAAUCAUGUGGAACAGCUACUGCGCUGCCUCGGGGCGCACAUCCACACUCCCAACCGCCGGCAGCUGGCCCAGGAGCUGCGGGCGCUGCAAGGGCAGCUGCGGGCCCAAGGCCUCAGGCCUGCACUUCUGCACGGACCGCUCUUCGCCUUCCCGGACGCGGUGAAGCAGAUCCUCCGCCGGCGCCAGAUCCGCCCACACUGGAUGUUCGUGCUGGACUCGCUGCUCAGCCGAGCGGUGCGGGUAGCCCUCGCCGUGUUGGGCCCAGAAGAGGAGACAGAGGAGGUCCCACCAAGGUCAGAGGAGGAACCCCAGUCCAAGCAGCAGGAGACCAUCAGCCGGCUCCCGGGGGAACCAGAGAAGACACCCCCAACCCCAGUGGUGCAGCUGGGCCUCUUGCGAGCAGAGACUGACAGGCUCCGAGAUGUCCUGGCUGAGAAGGAGCGGGAGUGCCAGGCCCUGGUGCAGCAAGCUCUGGAGCGGAUACACAGGGAGACGGGGACCUGCACCCUGGCCCCAGAGCCCCCUGCUGCUCUCACGGUGGACCAGGGCUUGGUGCAGUGGCUACAGGGACUGAAUGUGGAUUCAGGCACUAUCCAGAUGCUGCUGAACCACAGCUUCACCCUCCAUAUCCUGCUGACCUGUGCCACUCGAGAUGACCUCAUCUACACCCGCAUCAGGGGAGGAAUGGUGUGCCGCAUCUGGAGAGCCAUCUUGGCCCAGCGAUCAGGAUCCACGCCAGUCACCCCUGGCCAACAGGAGGCUGAAUGAGAGCUCCGAGACAGAAGGCAGGACCCAAGGAUGGCUGCAUGGAGAAGACACAAGCAACUUCUGAUACACCUCACCUACCCUAGGACUCAGGGCCAACUGGAGGAGGCCAGGCGAGUGGGGGCAGGGUAGGGCCCAGACCUAGCGAUAUUGGGGGGGGAUCAACCAUAGAGAUACCCCCAAGCCGAUCAAGUAUGGCCAGGCAGACUAUUAAACA